UCACCUCCAGGUUACUUGAAGGAAAUUCUUGAACAGCUUCUUGAAGCUGUAGCUGUUGCCACAAACCCAUCAGGACGCCUCAUAAGUGAACUGUUUCAGAAACUUCCUUCUAAAGUGCAAUAUCCAGAUUAUUAUGCAAUAAUAAAGGAGCCCAUAGAUCUUAAAACUAUUGCCCAAAGGAUACAGAAUGGAACUUAUAAAAGCAUUCAUGCAAUGGCCAAGGAUAUAGAUCUGCUGGCAAAGAAUGCCAAAACUUACAAUGAGCCUGGUUCACAAGUAUUCAAGGAUGCAAAUGCGAUUAAAAAAAUAUUUAAUAUGAAAAAGGCUGAAAUUGAACACAGUGAAUUGGCCAAGUCAAGUCUCCGAAUCAGUAACAAAAGAUCAGCCCAAGGGGAUCGUUUAUCAGCAAUAACCAUGGCAUUGCAAUAUGGGUCAGAAAGUGACGAGGAUGCAGCUUUGGCUGCUGCUGCUCGUUAUGAAGAAGGAGAAUCAGAAGCAGAGAGCAUUACUUCCUUCAUGGAUGCUUCUAAUCCUCUUUAUCAGCUUUAUGACACAGUUAGAAGUUGCCGAAAUAAUCAGGGCCAGCUCAUAUCUGAACCCUUUUUCCACUUGCCCUCCAAGAAAAAAUAUCCUGAUUAUUAUCAGCAAAUUAAAGCACCUAUUUCAUUGCAGCAGAUCAG